AUGCAUAUGCGCAAACUGAAGGUGGCAUCUCCGGCAGCGGCCGAGCUGCAGAAGCUCCGAGCUUACGAGAACGAAGACGUCGACCUGAAUCACCGGCGCAGCACGAUGCCAGGCCCCAAGCCACGGCUGCUGCGACUUCCUCGAGGUGCCCAACCACCGCGGGACAUGGCAGAGACCCCUGUCUCCGCCUCACCACUGCUUGGAGCAAAACGAUCUCUACCACCAGAUCCGCUGAAGCCGCCAGUCGCGCCGCCACCAGCGCCCACAUGCAGGCCGACCCGCCUCCGCCCCCCUGAGCAGAGACACAACACAAACACACACACAGGCCACGCGACACCCACACACGCGCGAGGAGGAACCCCGCCGCCGCCCCCGCACGUGCGCAGCAGCCGCGAACGCCGCCUCCCACCGCCGCCUCCACUUGCAACAGGUCCCCCUUGGCGCAGCUCGCCGGCCACCGCCACGCCAGGCCAUGCCGACCUCCGCCGAAACGCACUGCCGCCAAGGAGGUCACCGCCCCGCACAGCUCUCCUCGCGGCAGGUAAGGGAAGGCCCGCCGCCGCCGCCGGCCGGGGUGGAGGGGAGGGGCAGGGGGGAAGGAGCUAG